UCUGUUUGAUCGCUGGUAUUUUGGAGUACGUAUUAAUAAACAAAUAAUUGAAUUUAUUGUUAAAGAAGACUUAGUCAUUGAGGUGAAGAGAUGUCAAUCCAAAAUGCGGAUCCUCUUAACGAAGAAAGGAGGGUGAUUGAUAAUUUAAUAGCAAGCAGUCAGAGUCUUAUGGGAAACAAUGAGCCACUUCAACAGUAUCCACCUUCAUCGGAAUACCCAAUGGAACCAGCAAAAACAAAGAUUAUGAUAAAAUCAAGGCGGGGCAGAACAUCCUACACCCAAACUCAACUUUCUGAACUGGAAGCUGCCUUCUCUAAUACACAUUACCCUGAUUUUCAAACAAGAAAAGACUUGUCAAAUCACCUAAAAAUUCCUGAUGAUAGAAUACAAGUUUGGUUCCAGAAUCGAAGAGCCAAAUUUAGAAAGAACCAACGUCAAGUAAUAAACACUUACCAAGGAACUGCUACUGCACAAAAUACACCAACAAUGAUGUUGGUUCAUAGCAACCAAGGACAAAAUUCAAGACAACCAGUGGUGGAUAAUGCCAUGAGACGACCAUCACCAAUACAACAUACAACUUCCACAAUAAAGGAGGAGGGAACAGAAUUCAAUGGUACAUGCACCUCAUCGAAUUCUAUGUGCACAUCUGCAUCAGGAAAUAAGGCACAAAACCAAAUCACCAAACAGGAAGAACUGGUGAAUAUUUACGAGAAGUUAACAACACCUCAUACAACACAAGAGCUUAUUUCUGACAACCAGAAGACCGCACCUUCGUUGUAUUCAUUAAGUGCUACUAUUUCAUCAUCGGGUCAAUAUAUCAUACUAGGAGGAGAUAACAUAGGUCCAACUGCACAUUCAAAUUUCCAACCACAUGUUCCAUCUACCAACACCUCAGGGAAAUACUAGAUUUGUAUACUGAUAUAAAGUACUCUCUGAAUGGGAGAAUAUUUUCGCUGUUAAAUAUUUUGAGUUAUAACACAUGCACUUUUUUAAGCCAGUCAUCAUUUAUUCAGGUAAACAUAGUGAUGGGCAUCAGAAAUUAGUAAAUAUUUAUAUUAAAUUUGUGAACUUAUAUGAAAUUAUCUAUGUUGAGGUAAUUGGCCUUGGUCAGUUAUAGCAGGUCAAAAUAGUUUUCAAACAACAAAAAGCCCUAUAAAUUAGCCUUUCUCACGAUGACGAAUGUCCCGGCAUUUUUGGGGUACUUUUUUUUAAAUU